GUGUCAAAAUCUAUGACGGAAGUGAAAGAUGACUAAGUCAAAGUGAAAGUGAAAGUAGAAAUGGCGGCAAACUUGGAGCAAGUAAAAAACAAUGUAUCUUACAUUGUAUCGAAUAUAAGACAGUCACAGACUUGUCCCAUUGAGAAAGAAAUAUUUUUACGAAAUUCUAUUGAUGCUAUCAAUUUGAUACUUGAUGGUCUGUUGUCCUUAAUGAAAUUUAAGACUGUUGAUGCAGUAAUCAAAGAAAUCCCCGAUACAGGUCAGAUAUUAGGACGUUUAUAUGUAUCGAAAACAAUCCGAGGGUGCUCAGCAUUGUAUGAUAAAACUACACAAUGUAUAAUGGGACUAUGGAGAGAGAAUCCACAAACCCACAUAGAGAGAAAAGCUGCAGAGUGGGCCUUGGCACAAGUAAAAAGUACUGUAAGCGUUCCGUUGAACUCCUACUUCACAGUCUGUCAGCUAGGUAUACAACCAAAGAAUGUUGUCAAAGAAAAUAAUAAGCAGAUAGUUAUACAAAUUAAAGGGAAAUUGAGGGAAAAAUUUCAGGAGAAGAUGGAUCAAAUAAAAUCUAAACUGGAUAUAGAAGAUACUUUAGAAUCAGAUUCAUGGUUUAUAAUGGUGUACAAACAACUGUUGACUGUUCCAAUUAACUCUCCUUUGUUGUCAUUAUGGGAUUUUGUCUUAGAGGUGCUCACUUUGUACCCUUUGGAAGAUCCAGUUUCUAAAAAGAUUUGUGAAGAUUUAUCUAAAUCUUUGCAACACAAGAAAGGUUAUAGACAUAACAUUACUGCAGCUACAUGUUAUAAAUUGUGGACAUACAGUAGACCUUCACUAGAACAAGAGGUUCUGUUCAGAAUUGAGUUAUGUAAAGACCAUGUGUUAACUUCUGAGAUGGACAAUAUAUGGAAUGACAGUUCUCUAAUCAAAGUAUGUAUGUUAGAUGGUCAGAUCUAUGAAGUUAUAUAUAAGAUGGUGAUCACACUGACUGGUAAUACCAACCUUACAAUCCUGGAAUCAUUUCUUAGAUGUGUUUGGAGGGAGAAGAGAAAAUGUAAUUCUCAGGACAGCUUAUUCCUCAGUAUGAUUUAUCCAGCUCAUAGUGGAGUCCUUAUAAACUCAUUAUCUGUACACCCUGAAGAUGUUAAGCCAGAAAAUGUAGGUCCACAUGUGAAGACUCUGUGUGAUAUAUUUAAAGAGGUCAUUGAAAGCUAUGGGGAGACAACUGAGUUACUGGUACUAUCACUACAGUUCAAACAAUGGUACCAGAAAGCAUUGCAGUUAUGUUUUACAUGUGACAGACAGUUCCAGACAUCUUGUUUAGAUCUAGUGGCCUGUUACAGCAGUCUAUGGUAUAAAGUACAACAUCAGUCAAUAAAAGAUGUUUUGACCAGAAUUGUGUUAUGCUUGAGACCUCUUUUGGUGAAAUCUACAUUAUGUUACACUGACAUAAUGUGUGUGUUAUCAGGGAACCAGGUUAGCAACCAAGGUCAAAUGAAGGACACUAUUUAUCACAUACUACUAAUGUUUCUGUACCAAGGUUCUGGAGGUCUAAAUGUACUGACUCAAGUACUAAAAUUAAUCACAUGUAGUGACAGUGUAAGUGAUCACCUGACAUGUUUGGUAGUAUCACAUGACCAACUGUUCAUAGAUUACAUGAAGUGGACGAUAUAUAAAAAGAGACAGUAUAAGGAUAUUUUAAAUGAACUAAUGGAACAAUCAAGUAUAAUUCAUCCUGAUAUUAUGGAUAGUGUAAAAGAUUUUCUUGAAAAGAUCUGACGUAUUGAAUUUAUAUUUGUUUAUCAUGUUGUUAAGUGUCAUCAUUCUGCUCUUGGGGAAGAUGAGCAAAAGAAAAAUUUAUGAAGGCAACAAGAGAACACUUAAAUAUUGCAAUACAUUUCUGAACAGCUGUUUAAUUAUUUAUCCAAGUGGCCUCACAUUUGUUUUUAAGCAGAGGAAAGCAUGAAGCUUUUCUUUUACUGUUAGUUCUAUCUCCAUUGUGCCAAAUCGUUUGAAUUUGUUAGGUUUCAAUAAAUUUAAAAUUUAUA